UUGGCUAAUGUAGGGAUUCAUAUGACAGAUGAAGACAUAAUUGUUUCUGUUCUACUUGGUUUGCCAUCAGCCUAUACUACCAUGAAGACUAUAAUCAGGGCUAAGCAUAACCCCAUUUCAAUGCAAGAGUUAAGGUCUCUUUUGCUCAUUGCUGAAGCUGAACUUGAAGAGGUUGACAAGUCUCUUUCCUUGCCUUCCACUACUGAAAUCAUAGCACAAGAUGAUAAUAUCAGAGGGUCUACUCCUGCACCAACUCUUAUUACAAAUGCCAAAUCUGAUGUUAAUUCUAUGAUGCCUACAAGUAGUGUUGCCUCUUCUAUUGGAUAUAAUGUGCAUUCCAUGUCUAAUUCAAGUCCUUCACAAUCUGCUGCUAGUCCUGGACCUCAACCUCCAUACAUGACAAAUGCUUCAUCACCUUGUACUCCCACAUUUGUUGAUUAUUUGCAGACAUCAUAUCUGGGAUUUCCUCAACCAAGUGCAAAUACAUGUCUCACCCAACCUACUGAUUUCUUUGCUCACAACAAUGGUGGUUUGCUUCAACGAUUUGGUGCUCAUAUGCCUCAAAUGCAAACCAAUAGUUACUUAUUGCAGCUUGUAGCUCCUUCUACUUUCACUCCUUGUCAUGCCUCGAAUGAUUAUGCUGUCACGCCCUCAAUUUCUAUCAGUAAUGGUGCAACUCAUUCAAUGCCUAACUCUGGAUAUGGGAUGAAUAAUGGGACUGGUAAUGAAAAUUUCAAUGGAGGAUGCAUGGUUCAAAAUAGUGGUUACAAUCAUGUCCCUCAGUACAACCAUUCACAUCAGCAAGGGUUCUUUCUCAACAAUGAUUCCUACAAUGGCAUGCCACCUCAGCAAGGUUUUCACUCAUUAUCAACCAAUAUUACCUACUCAGCUGCAGGGUACACUGAAGACAAGAUGAAUUGUCCUAACUUUUCAAACAGAGGUACAAACUACUUCAACAGAGGCUGUGACUACAAGGAUGACAACAACAAACCAAGAAGAAGCAACAACUCAUCUCCUCACAAUCCCAUUGUGUGCCAAAUCUGUGGAAAAAGAGGACAUUGUGCAUACAACUGUUAUCAGAGAAAUUCUCAGCCCCAUAAUAUUGCUUUGAGCUCAUAUGUGAAAUGUCAAAUCUGCAGGACUUCUGGACACAUUGCCAAACUUUGCAGAUACAAGCAGCAGUCACAAACCUCCUCUCAACCCAAGUCCGCUUCCAUUGCUGCUCAACCAAGUUCCUGUUCUUCCAUGCCACUUAUUUCUCCUGUUGACGUACACAUAUGGUGUGAUAGCUUCCAGGUUUAUUCACCAUGGUUUUCUGCUCUUCUCAACAAUUAUACAUAUGUUCCAGCUUGAUGAUAGCAUCCUCCCAUCAAGCUGAGGAGGGGUGUUAGGAUUGUGAUCAAAUAUAUCUGUUGAAUAUUGUUGCUUUUCUGCUAUUAGCUUAAUAAGGUCCGUUAGCGAUCAGUUUCUUUGUGGUCAUCAGUUCUCUUACACGCGUACCUCAUCUGUUCUUUUCAGCUAGUAUAAAGCUUUCAGGCCGGAAAACCGACUGGAACAAUUUCGGACCCAAAACAGGGCCUAAUAGUCGGAACUGGGAAUUGAGGUUGAGAAUGAAAAUUGCAGUAGAAGGAUGUAUGCACGGUGACCUGGAGAACCCUCCAACACAUAGAAAAAGUUCAUAACACCAAAAUCGACCUCCUCCUCUGCUGUGGCGACCGACUUUCAGGCUGUGAGGAAUGAGAAGGAGUUGGAGAGCUUGAGUGUGCCCCCCAAGUACCGGUCCAUGAACUCCUUCUGGAAGUACUAUUCCGGCGAGGAGAUCGCUCCCUACCCCACCAUAUUCAUCGGUGGCAAUCACGAAGCUUCUAAUUAUUUGUGGGAACUGUACUAGUACUACGGUGGGUGGGCGGCACCUAAUAUAUACUUCUUGGGGUUUUCUGGGGUAGUUAAGUUCGGAAACCUUCGCAUUGGUGGCCUCUCUGGAAUUUAUAAGUCGCGAGACUUCGUUCAGGACACUAUGAGAGGC